AUGGCUGAUCAGGUUGAUACUGACGUUCCGAUGGCGCAGGAGGUUGAGACCUUUGCCUUCCAGGCAGAGAUUGCUCAGCUUAUGAGUCUUAUUAUUAACACAUUUUAUUCAAACAAGGAGAUCUUCUUGAGAGAGUUGAUUUCCAACGGUUCGGACGCCUUGGACAAAAUUCGUUACAAGAGCCUCACGGAACCAUCGGUUCUCGACACCGAACCCGAACUGUGCAUUAAGAUCAUCCCUAACAAGGCUGAGAGCACACUAACUAUCAUUGAUACGGGCAUUGGCAUGACUAAAGCCGAUCUGGUGAACAACUUGGGUACAAUUGCGCGCUCAGGGACAAAAGCCUUCAUGGAGGCGCUGAAUGCUGGUGCUGAUAUCUCCAUGAUUGGGCAGUUUGGCGUGGGCUUCUACUCAGCUUACCUUGUUGCAGACAAAGUCCAGGUUAUCUCCAAGAAUAACGAUGACGAGCAGUAUCUAUGGGAGUCUUCAGCCGGUGGCUCGUUUACGAUCCGUCCGUGCAGUGAGGAGCCACUGGGUCGUGGUACCAAAGUGGUUCUGCACAUUAAGGAGGACCAAUCCGAGUACUUAGAGGAGCGUCGCAUUAAGGAGGUCAUCAAGAAACACUCCCAAUUCAUCAGCUACCCUAUCAAGCUGUUUGUGGAGAAAGAGCGAACCAAGGAGGUUUCGGAUGAUGAGGAGGAGGAAGUCAAGGAGGAGGAGAAAGCUGACGCGGAGAAACCUGACGUAGAGAAGCCGGAGGUGGAGGAUCUCGAUGAAGAGGAAUCAGAGGAGGAAGGUGGUGAAGGAAGUGGGGAGAAAAGUGAGAAGAAAAAGAAGAAGAAGAAGCAAAUUAAAGAGAAGUACAUUGAUGAAGAAGAGUUGAAUAAGACCAAACCUUUGUGGACGCGAAACCCUGAAGACAUUAGUCAGGAAGAGUACGGGGAGUUCUAUAAGUCGCUGAGCAAUGAUUGGGAGGACCAUCUGGCCGUCAAACACUUCUCGAUUGAGGGUCAGCUGGAGUUCCGCGCGUUGUUGUUUGUCCCCAAGCGUGCUCCCUUCGACCUAUUUGAGAACAGGAAGAAGCGUAAUAACAUCAAGCUUUAUGUUAGACGCGUGUUCAUCAUGGACAACUGCGAAGAUCUCAUUCCCGAGUACCUGAAUUUCAUCAAGGGUGUCGUCGACUCUGAGGACCUACCCCUAAACAUCAGCCGUGAGAUGUUGCAGCAAAACAAGAUUUUGAAGGUUAUCCGGAAGAACUUGGUUAAGAAGUGCAUGGAGCUGUUUGAAGAAUUAGCGGAGGACACGGAGACUUAUAAGAAGUUCUAUGAGCAGUUCUCAAAGAACAUCAAGCUUGGCAUUCAUGAAGAUAGUACGAACCGCAAAAAAUUGGCUGAGUUGUUGCGCUACUAUUCCUCGCAAAGUGGUGACGAAAUGACUAGUCUAAAAGAUUACGUGUCUCGCAUGAAGGAGCACCAGAAGGACAUAUACUACAUUACUGGUGAAAGCAAGGAGAGUCUUGCUAAUUCUGCCUUUAUUGAGGUACUGAAGAAGCGCGGCCUUGAGGUACUUUACAUGGUGGAUCCGAUUGAUGAGUAUGCCGUGCCGCAGUUGCGUGAGUACGACGGAAAGAAGUUGGUGUGCGUGACGAAGGAGGGUCUUGAACUGCCUGAAGACGAAGAGGAGAAGAAGAGAUUCGAGGAGGUAAAGGCAUCCUUCGAGCCUACCUGCAAGAAAAUCAAGGACAUCUUGGGCAAUAAGGUUGAAAAAGUCACUGUGUCCAACAGGCUCACCACUUCGCCUUGUUGUAUUGUUACCUCCACAUUUGGUUGGUCUGCUAACAUGGAGCGGAUCAUGAAGGCUCAGGCUCUUCGGGACUCUAGCACGAUGGGAUACAUGUCGGCUAAGAAGCAUUUGGAGAUCAACCCUGAUCACAAAGUUAUGAUUCGUCUCAAGGAGAUGUUGUCAGCUGAGGGCGAACCGAAUAAGAUCUGUAAGGACUUAAUCAACAUGCUCUUCAGCACUGCUUUGCUCGCCUCGGGCUUCACUUUGGAAGAUCCGAAAGCUCACGCCAAUAAGAUCCAUGAGCUGAUUAGCAUGUGCCUGGAGAUCCCAGAGGAUGAGACCAUGAAGGAGGAGGAGAAGAAUACCGCCAGUAGCGACGUUGCUGCGCCUGUUGAGGCCGGAGAUGACGGUGCUGCUAUGGAAGAAGUUGACUAA